AGAUAAUAUAAGCAUUCAAAUAAAAUACGGAUUUUAAUAACAAUGGUUAACUGCAAAAUCAUUGCCAUAAAAACUCCCUAGAAAUAUGGUUAACGCACUGUCUUCAAUUGUCAUGUCAGUUUUGAAUGUUCAAAUUCUACUGGACAAGUUGUUAACCUAUAUUAUUAAUAAAUAAAUUUAGUUAAAAAAGUUAAACGAGAAUAAAGUACGUAGUGAUUUUUAAUUACAAUGAGCACUCAUCAAGAGACACUGGAAUGGAUUCGAAAAUUAGGAUAUGACGGUAAUUUUCCUGAAAAUUUUGAUAAAAUUUGCAAUAGUUCAACGUCGUUUAUUUGGGAUCAACUUAUUCAUAACGUUAAAUCUAAAAUUGAGGUGGAUAAUAUAAGGAACAAUAUUCUAGUAAACCAUUUGAAACAAAAAGGUUUAAAUGAAAAUCAAACGGAUAAAUCACAAUGUUUUCCAAAAGAAAUCAAUCUGUAUUUGAAGAAAAGAAAGCUAGAACAAACUAUCGAAAAUAUGAAUUAUUCUAUAGCAGGAAAACAAACAAUAAAACAAAAUUUGAUCAAACAGAAUAGCAUUAAACAGUUCACCAUUGAAAAAACAAACCUGAGAAUUAAAGAAAAUGAGGAACAGGAAUUUCUUCUUAGAGAAAAAAUGAAAAUGCUGGAUAAAUAUGUAGAAGAAGCAGAAGAUAUUUAUAAUUUGUCUAUGGUUUGUACCCCAUCGGAAAUCACGGAAACCCAUAGUUCCAAUGAUAUUACACACACUUUACAGCAGUGUAAAGAAAUGUUGAAAGAUAGUAUUAAGCAGUUACCUCUAUCAGGACAAAAUAUUUCUUCUAGGGCGAUGUAUAAACCUCUGCCAUCUGCACAAAAAUCUGCUAGGAAAAAUAACACUUUUGAAAACUACUUUUGUAUGACCGAAAAAAAAACUGCCAAGAAAAUAAAAAAUCACAUUCCAAAAACAAGAGUCGCUAGUACACCUAAAGUGAGUAUAAGAUUAUUUCCUGAAGAUGGAUAUAAAAUGAAGACAAGACAGAAUAAGUUAAUAGAUUUAUCUACUAGAAGAGAAUCAUUGGAAAUGUAUGUCGAAGAUAAUGAUGAUGAAAAUUUUUUGGUUGAUCUAAAUAAAGCUUCGUUCGUAUCAACAUUACCUGAUUUCAAGCAUUCAUUCUCUCGAUUUACUACCAUACAAGAUAUGAGCGGAAGUAACACAAUAAAUAGUGAAGUAAGUAACGAAACUUUAUUAAAAAUGAUCCACAAAGAUUCGGUUGGUAGUGAAAUAACACAUUUACUACAUAAGUAUAGUAGACCUAGUAUUUGGAACAUUUUUAAAUUUCUCGAUGAUAAUAUACACUUUGAUAUAUCUAAAAAAAUGAAUUUCCAAGAAAUUAAAAUGUCAAGUGAUGAUAAAAAAAAAUCAGUUGAAUUACUAAAACUACAAACUUUGCAUGUUGCAACGGAAUUAAAACUAAUAAAAAGUAACUUUGUGUUGAAGCUUUUAAUAGACAAAUUCAAUAAGAAAAACGAAAGUUUUUAUGCUUCUUUACACCAUAAAGGUUAUUCACAGGAUCUAGUGGAUAGUGUACAAAAAAAGUUACAAUUACACAUAGAAAAUGUGGGGUUAGACAGUUUACUUGCAGAAAUGAAAAGAGAAAUCAAUGAUACUCAAAACUCAUCAUUCUCAGAUAUACAUGAAUUGAAUAAAUCUUUACGAUGUAUCAAAGAAGAGGUUACAACUAAAAUAAAUGAUUUAACCAAUUAUUUAAUGAUAAUUCAGGAAAUAUUCACAGGUAUACAUCGUAUUAGAAAUAGUUCAAUUAAUUGUGUCAGAGAAGUAGCUCCGUUUACUAACGAUUUAAAUUGGUGUGAUCCUCUACAAGACAACAUAAAUUCUAAUGAAUUAAAAAUAUUUGAACGAUUUCCUUUAGAAUAUAAUAGAAAAUUUAUUAACACUGAUCCUACUUUGAAUUAUCGAGAUUAUGAUACCGAUAAAUAUUUACUCAAUCAAGGAAUAGAUAACGAGAAACUAGAUAUGUUAAGUUCGAUCUUAGGCAGUCCCUUUAGCCCUCCAGAAAAAGUCAUUCACAAUAUUUUAUGUUCUAAAAUGAAGUUUAACAUUCUGAAGAAUAUGACGUCCGUUGUAAAUAAGACUCCAUCUAAAAUAUAUAGUCUUAAUGAGUUAAGAAGUAAAGAAUGUACGCUAGAAGCUGCAGAACAACUUAAUAAACUAAUCUACUCAUCUACAUCUAACAAGACGUUAUUAGCUGCGGAUGUUUCGACGAAAGUGAUGAAUAUGUGGAGUGAAAUGCAUUUCGGACAGUUUAUUUCCCCAAAAAUCAAAGUUGAUGGUCUAGAUUAUCAACAUUUUGAGAACAUAUAUGAAAGUUAUCUUAGUAGAUUAUAAAUAAUUAUUGUUGGUGCUAUACGAGGGAUUUUCGUGAAGUUUCGUUCAACCUGUUUUUUUUUAUUCAAACUUUCGUCUUAGCACAUGUUUUCCCAUUAUGUAACACUCUCUCUCUCUCUCUCUCUCUCUCUCUCUCUCUCUCUCUCUCACGUAGCGUUCUCUCUAAUUUUAAUAUUAUUUCUAUGGCUAGAACAUUGUCACAUCUAAAUAAAAUGAUAAAUUUUGUUCAACUAUAUCAAAAAAGGGCUUGCCGUGAACGAAUUUCCUAUGUUGAAGAUUGUCUAUGAAUUUGGUAAAACUAUUGUAUUUAGAAAUUUACUAAUUUUUCAUUAUUUUACGCUGAAUAACAUCAUAUUCUAAUUUUGAUCAAAUAAGAGCAUCAUAUGCCAUUUCAAAGUAGCACUACUAUGUUCAUACAACCAACAGCGUGUCUAUAAUGGCGCCCAUUUUGGUUAAUCAUAAAAUAGUUAGACUCCCGCAUGCGCGAAAAUGCGAUUUAGGCGUUAUCUUAUAGAUAUAGAAUAAUUGAAAGCAAUAAUCUCAUCAUUAUUUAUUAGGCCAUAAAUUUGUAAUACAACUUUUGUAAUGGAUGUGGAAAUAUAUUAUUUUAC